GAAAGAUGGCGUUUAGAACUACCUUCUUCUUUAUUGCGCUGCUAAGCACCGCGUACUGCAAUCCCCUUGGCAACCCCCUUGGGGCAACGACGGUAUGCGAGUCAGCACCGAAUUAUGGUCCGGUACCAUCCUAUGGUGCCACCACCGUGUGUGAGACCGCGCCCAAUCUACUUCCCUACGGCCUACCAUAUGGCGGACUUGGCGGACUUAACGGACUUAAUGGAUUUAACGGACUUAACGGAUUUGGCGGGGCUACAACCGUUUGCGAGACCAGCCCUAACGUAGGCCUGGGAUUGGGAACUCUAGGCCUGGCCCUCCCUUAUGGAGGCCAGACAACGGUUUGCGAAACCGCCCCUAAUGUUUUUGGCGGUUUAGGAGGAAUAGGGUUGGGGUACCCACUUGGAUAUUUAGGGGGAUACCCAUUGGGCGGACUCGGCGGAGCCACAACUGUCUGCGAAACUGCUCCCAGUCUGUUAGGACUGGGUUACUCUAAUCUAGGUCUAGGUCUGGGAGGGUUGGGAGGACUUGGUGGGCUUGGAUACGGCUACCCGCCGCUAGCCGCUGGUGGAGCGACCACAGUCUGUGAAACCACCCCUAACGUGCUUCCUUACCUUGGUGGGUUGUCGCCCCUUGCUGGGUUGGGAGGCCUUGGAUCUUAUGGAUUGGGGUUAGGAGGCCUUGGCGGUCUAGGAAGCCUCGGCCCACUUGCAGUUGGAGGCCAGUAUCCUCUAGGCUCGUCGACUGUUUGCGAGACUGCCCCUAACGGUCUGUUAGGUGGGGCUUUGAGUCCUCUGGGCCUCGGUGGGCCUCUGAGCGGGACUUUGGGCCUCGGUGGACCCUUGGGCAGUCCUUUGGGCCUCGGCCUGCCCUACGGCCGGGCUUUUUUAUAA